CCGUUCCAAAGGCUGAGUCUGAGUAUGAUCCUGAAGAGGAUGAGAGACGAGCUCAACAACUUAAACAAGAAAAAUUGGCAAAUGCCGAACUUCUUCGUACAACCAAUGAGACGACUGAUG